AUGGCAUUCCUUCUUUCAUGGAGAUACGUCUACUUCCUCACGAUCGGGCUCCGAUUCCUCGUGGCCCUUUCGGACUCCUACAUCCAUCCAGAUGAGCAUUUCCAGAGCUUGGAGGUCGUUCUGGCCUGGUUGGGCUACAAUGUCAAUGCACCAUGGGAGUUCACUUCGCCCAGUCCAGCUCGAAGCUACGCUCCAUUGGUUUUGUUCUUCUGGCCAAUUAUGAAAACAGCGGACUAUUUCGGCUUUCAGCCGCUCCAGAUAUGGUACAUCUGCCGCUUGGUGCUCAUGGUGUUGUCGUGGAUGGUUACAGACUGGUGUCUUCACAAGAUGCUUCCGACCAAGCAGGAGCGGAUCAAGGCUAUAUACUUUACGCUGACUCUGUACGUGACGUUGGUGUAUCAGAGUCACUGCUUUUCGAACUCUGUGGAGACGGUUUUGGUGGUGGCUGCCGUUUACAUCAUCAACGAGUUGAGGUUCAUACUGGGCCAGGAUGCAUCACAACAGAGAACUGGCGAUUUGGUGAAAUUGGCAGGCACGCUCGGCUUUUUGGUCGCUUUUGGAACUUUUAACAGAAUCACGUUUCCGUGCUUUUUCGUGUUGCCUGGUUACUACUUGGCCGGAGCUUUUUGGAAAUGGAAAACGCUUCCUUUAGUCGCUGCUGCCACUUUCGCUGUUACGUCAGCUACCUGUAUUAUUCUUGAUACAGCUAUAUUUCAGGGACUUUCCUUUUCAGAGCUUCUCCAGCACCCCUGGUCCCACGGCCUGUGGGUCAUUACCCCAUUGAACAGUCUCUUGUACAACACCAACACACUCAAUUUGGCAAAACACGGAAUCCAUCCAUGGUACACACACAUUCUUGCCAAUUUGCCACAGCUUUUUGGCCCCGGCUUGUUGCUUUUAUUCUUUCGCUUCAGAAACAGAUACUGGAAAACGACGCCAUUUUUGAGUGCAGCCAGUGGGAUCCUAUUUCUUUCGUUGGUUCCUCAUCAAGAGUUGCGUUUUUUGACUCCUAUCGUGCCGCUUUUAUGCUGCUGUUUCGAUUUGAGUCUUGGGUACGACGGUGAUGCUAAAGAAGCUUCCAAGUUAUCUUCCAUUAUCAUGGGUUUAUGGUUCGCUUUCAACAUCUUGAUGGGUGUAUUGAUGGGAAUCUUCCACCAAGGUGGAGUUGUGCCAGCUUUGGAUUACCUACAAACACUGCAUCUACAGGGAGUCACCCAGGUGUGGUGGAGAACUUACUCUCCCCCUACAUGGAUGCUAGCAGACAAGCAACAUCAGUAUCAAUUCAUCAGCCUUCAUGGCGAGUAUCACGGUUUUGAGCUCGACGACACCAAGACCAACUAUGUAAUCGACGCCAUGGGCUCUGAUAUUAGGGUUGUUGACGCACUCAUCAAAAACUUAGACACCAAAGUGCUUUUGGUGACGCCGAUCGCUUCCUUUUCCACACACUUCGACGUCACUCAUUUUAACAAGACGUGGAGCACACCCUUCCAUUUGGACCUAGACCACCUCGAUUGGAGCGAUCCACGGACCUUGCAACCAGGAUUGGCCGUCUAUGAGCUAAUCUAA